CUUUGUUUUUGACCGGUUUAAUCCUUAAUGUUUUUAAUUAAAUGAAUUAAAAUUCGUUUAAUACACUACUGACUGUUUAUUGAACAUGACCGCGAAAAGUGUGAAAGUUUUAUUCCGAUGUUGUGUGAAAGAUUGCGACGCGUUUUACGCAAAAGACCGACAGAAUAAUGAAAGCUUUUUUCGUCUUCCUGAUCCUGAACGAAUUACCACGCCACAUCUUUGCCGUUUGGCUCGCAUGCGUUUAGUCGCCUGGAAUAAAUAUUUUUCAAAAAAGCUUUUUACGCUGCCGAAGAAUCGGAGAAUUUGUGGCAGGCAUUUCGUUUCAGGUCAGCCUGCGAAACUGACGGAUACCAAAGGUGUGGAUUGGAUCCCAAGUCUCUAUCUGUCGAACAAUGCAACAACGGUUACAACUGAAGCGCUGAAGGAUGUCUCUUCAACCGAGCCAGUUGACGAUUCAACAGUUACCAGCAUAGCUCCGCUGGAUACAGUAUACGUAGAUGAUGGACAGUUUUCGUCGUUCAACACUGAAAUAAGCAGUAUAGAUCCGAUAAAAAACGACGACCAGUUGAGCCGUUUUUGUCGACUGUGCUUGCGAGAUCUGCCAAACCUGCUGCCUAUAACGUCUCCUUUCGAGGAUGUUUUCAUCUCAGAUAUGUUACUGGCGGUUGCCGGAAUAAGUUUGCAUGAUCAGAAUGAAUUUCCAGAAAAGCUAUGCGACGGGUGCUUAGUAAAUUUACAAACUGCUUACGGUAUUCGGAAACAGUUUGUUGAAGCGGACUCGAUCCUCAGAGAAAUGGCUCAGAACGAAAAUGUUCCACUGGUUGUUAGUUUGCGAGAAUAUCAGGAAAACGACUAUGAUAAGACGAAAGCUGUUGUGGCUGAACCAUCAUCGGAGGAACAAACGCAACAGAAGGAUGGUUCUCGUGACACUGGUGACGAAGAAACAUUUGAAUUCGAAUCGCAGCAAAGUAUAUCAAUUAGUACUAAAGAAGCAGUUAAAAAGUUUAAACGUAUUGUUAGAAAGAGUAUUCUAUUUCAAAACAAUUUAAAAAGGAAAAAACGCCGCUACGAUAUGAAAAUGCAAGAAUCGAAAGUUGAUCCCAAUAAAUGCUACAUUUGUUCGACGGUUUUCAGUGACCCGGAAAGUCUAAGUGUACACAUGCCAUCGCAUGUGCAGAUGAUUCCGUACAACUGUGACUUGUGUGUUAAAUAUAACGGGCCCAACAAGGUCAUGAAAUCGCUUGUUUUGCUUCAUAGGCACUUCCGAAUGCAUGCCGGUCCAAUCGAAUGUCCGAAGUGUCCGGUCAAGUUUUAUACCGUUACCAGAUUGCAUAACCAUAUCCAGCGGUAUCACAGCAAACAUGCCGGUGAAGAAUACAUCUGUGCAAUAUGCGGCAAUAAAGUAUUGGGCCGGAAAGAUUACAUGUUUCAUUUAAGAUCUCACAAGGCACUGCAGGAAGGACGCUUUACAUGCCGAUUUUGUGAUAAAAAAUUUACACUAAAAGUACGUUUAGUCCGACACGAGCUCGGUCAUACCGAUGAAAAACCGUUCAAGUGUAAAUACUGCGAGAAAUGUUUUACCGUGCAGAGCUCACGAUACUCACACGAAAGAACGCAUACCGGUGAGAAGGGAUACCGUUGCGAAUUCUGCGGCAGUUCCUAUCGGACCGUUUCCGGCCGAAGACAACAUCAACAGACCAUGCACGCAAAUAUGCCUGGAGUACCACCCCGAGCUCUGAAAAGCAGAUUUUUUCUUCGGCAACCAGUAAAAUGCAGUGUGGAAGGGUGCAGCUACGUUACUAACAUUCGCGCCAGACAUUAUAGGCACAAGAACAGCCAUGAAAUGAAACAUCACUGUGAACACUGCUCGGAACGGUUCCCUACUAAAGAAAAGCUGCGGCAGCAUACGACCAAGCACACCGGAACCAAACCUUACUGCUGUGAUUUGUGUGGCAGAGGUUUUAAGUGCAGGCUCGGUUUAAGUGAGCACAUGGACCACCACACCGGUAUUCGACCGUAUAAGUGCGAAGUAUGCGGGAUGGGGUUCGUUCGCGAGCGACACUUGAAGAGCCAUAAUGUAACGCACAGCGAAGAGAAAAACUAUGAAUGUUCUCUUUGCGAUAAAAGUUACAAAUACCAACAAAGCCUAGGCAAACAUGAACGUUCCUAUCACACGCGAGCGGUGCCGAAGUUAGGGCUGGAUGACUGUGUGGACGAUACGAUGGAUUCAAUCGAGAAGGAUAUCGGAUGUUUGUUCGAGGAUGACUGCGAAUAAGGUUGGUAAAUUAUGUCAAUUGAGCAGUUAUCGAAUAUUAUAGUGCAAUUCAAACAUGCGGACAGUUUCUU